AUGGGUGACCCACAGAUGGUUUUCAUGAGUCCCCAAACGGAAAACCUGGACUACUUAUACAGUUUGGUGGAUAAGGUAUCACAACAGAUGACAGAGAACAAGAAUAAACGAGCAGAGCUUUUAAGGGAGAUUGACGUGCUAGUCAAUGAAGUGAACCGCACUUCUUCGAAAAAAGCGCCGCGGGAUACGAAUUGGGCUGUAAUUUCGAAUUUUUUGAAACAGCGAAAUAUACAGGUGGAUGACACAGCGAUGACACAGUCUAAUAGAUCCGAGGCCUUUGAAGUGGAAAAACUGCAAAAACAGAACCAGAUUCUGAAGGCGAUGCUGGAAGAAAAACGCGGCAACAAUAACGAGAUGCUGGCGCUAUUGAAAGUCCACGAGGGUUGCUUAUCAGACGUGGUUAGUUUGCUGCGACGCGAUGUGCUUUCGUACCACCAGGGACUAAUAUCCAAAUGUCGCGAGCUUUAUGAAGACCGAAUAUGCGUCCUUGAAGACGAGGAGUUCAAACAGUACAUGAGGAACGUAUCUGACGUUCAGGAACUGUUGGAUAUGUCCGAAAUUUUUCGUCUACUAUUGCGGAUGACCGAAAGCAGCGAAAGCAAGGAAACAUCUAUUUAG